AUGAUGUUUGCUUCUAAAAAUGUUCUUGCUCAUAACCCACACCCGCCGACACUGCUUGAACGAUUAACUCCUACGUAUAUGGUGCAAAAUCUCGUCGUUGAAUGGAAAACCAGUAACUCUGUCAAGUUGAAAUGGGAGUACAAUGGUCCUACACAUGUUGGCUUUUAUUUAAAUCACACUGGCAAGAAAGAGUAUUUCGACCACACAUUGGCUAUGAAAAGUAUGACAACACCGGGAUUCAAACAUGAACUGGAUGAGGGCAGCCGAGAGUAUCUGUGGACUAAUCUACGACCGUAUAUGCAAUACACCUUUCAUGUCGGAGUUGUGAUUGUGACGGAUCCGACUGGACCUCCUUUUGUCUUUCCGCCUGAAUUGGAUGAAGUGAUGGGCAGCGGUCUGGCUAGGCCCGGUCAAAUCAUGGUUCGGUUACGACCGGCUUCUGAAGAAUACGGACCCAUAUCUCAUUACUGGCUGAUUGUCGUGCCUGGCAAUUAUUCGAAGGUCUGUUGGUCCUCAUAAAC